GAACCCGUCACCAUGGCAACGGGAAUAAACCUUCAACCUAAGGUCGUCAACGGGCUGCUGACCCUUGACCUCAGCAACAGAGGUUUGACCUUCAUUCCGCCUCAGGUGUUCCACCUUGUUGACCUUGAGAAACUCGUUCUUUCGAAGAACUUCCUGACAAGCAUACCCGCGGAGAUAGGCGCUCUGAGGAAGCUUCAGGUACUCGUGGUUGACGACAACUCUCUGUCUUAUGUACAUCAGAGAAUCAUUACUCUAGUCAACCUGGGGUAUCUGUCGGUCCAACGCAACCAACUCGCGAAGAUGCCCAACGGGCUUUCGAAUCUUCGUGCUCUCCAUGGACUGUUUAUCCGCGGUAACAGAUUCACCGAGGUCCCCGAAGAGGUUUGCUCACUCCUCAACUUGCAGUGGUUGGGCGUAGGAGACAACCCGAUCCGGCACCUUCCGGAGAACAUCAUCCAGCUCACCAGGCUAAAGAUCCUCAGCAUCACCGGUUGCAUGCUCGACGAGUUCCCGCAACAGGUACUGCAGAUGCAGGCGUUGGAGGAGCUGUUUAUGGGGAGUCGCGGGCUUUCCUCCAUCCCAGACAAAGUCCUGAAACAGAAGCACAUCCAGUGCCUCAUUCUUAGAGACAACAAGAUCAAGAAAAUCUCCAAGAAGAUCUCAAAGUUCGACUACUUGCUCACCCUUGACGUAAGCAACAACCCUGACCUGAAGUUCAUCCCCAGACAAAUCGGCAAGCUCCCCAAACUCUACAACCUGCACUUGGAGAACUGUGGACUCGAGAGCCUACCAGACGAACUGUACAACCUGCACACGCUGGGAAGCCUCAACUUGAAGGGGAACAAGCUUUCUGCACUGAGUACAGAGAUUACCAAGCUGCAGUCUCUCAAGCAAUUGUUUAUCGACAACAACCAGUUCAUGGAAUUUCCUGAAGAGAUCUGUGCACUGGCAAACUUGGAGGUUCUAGGAUGCGGACAGAAUCCGCUGACACGUCUGCCAGACAAGCUCACAAUCCUGAACCUCAAGUCUCUCACCAUCUCCUGUUGCCGGUUUGAAGAGUUCCCAAGGCAGGUGCUGUCGCUAGGGGGCCUUGAGAGGCUAUACAUGGGGGGUUGGGCUGGCUCGAACACGCAUUCUCCCGUCCCUGAGGGCAUCGCACAUCUACAGAACCUCCGACUCCUGGCGGUAGACCAGAGUGAACUUUCUCAUCUACCCGAGAGCAUCAUACACCUACAGCUGCUACAGGAGCUGGAUCUGUCCAUGAAUCUCUUCACAGCCGUCCCGCAGGUAGUGUUCACCCUCCCCAGUCUGCUCGCCCUCUACAUGGUGGGCAAUCAGCUCACGCGGCUGCCGGUCGAACUGGGCCGCCUACCGGUUUUAGAAGAUAUUGCAGUAUUCGACAACCCCCUGGAAUACCCUCCAGAAGAUAUCUGUAAGGAGGGGAGUGACGCCAUAAUCGACUUCCUCCGAGCAGAGGACGCAAGAGUAGUACCACUGGAAGGAGAGAUGGGAGCACAAGGCCAUCACCCCACUCCAACCACGGAACUCUGA